AUGUCUUCAUCUACGUCAUGUAUUAAAUGCUUCAUUUUAUCUCCAUUAAAAAUGCAAGUCAGAAAUAUUCAGAACAUAGCACCGAGUCUAACUGACAAGAGUAUAAAGAUAUACUAUGAACACGUUAUGAUGAAACCUACCAAAAUUCAAGAAAGUCAGUAUACUUAUGAAUAUCCAAGACACUGGGUAGAGUAUGUAGGAGGUGAGAAAGCUAUUGAAAUCAGACAGGUUCGAAGUAUUCCAGCAGGAAGAACAAUAUUAUUGAAGAACUUUAAUGUUUUGAGAUAUAAUGAUGAAACAAAGAAGCAAGAUAGUUUCCCUGUUGCUGUGUAUGUGAACUUAGAUACAGGAGAUGACAUGAAAGUUUUUAACACAAAGCUUCAAAUGGUAGUGAGAGAACAACUUAUAGCAGAAGGACACCCAUUACCUUCAGAAGUUACCAUAGCAUAUAAUUUUGAAACAAAUGCAAUAGAUUUUAAAAUCGCCUCUGCAAAGAAGUCAGGUUUUACAUUUAAUGAAGCAGAUGUAUAUUCGAAUGAAAACUUCAAAGCUAUUGCAUGGAUAGAUAAUGACGAUUGCUUUAAGAAAAUAUUUAAAUACAGUGACUCAAAGAUGUCAAUAGAUGACCUUCGUGGAAUGUUACCAUCGACGUUUACAGUUGAAGGUUCAGCAGGAUUGCUUACAAGAUUGUCAAUUGGUGGCAUUUGGUCUCGUGAGAACAUUGUUAUAAAAUCCAGUAUAAGUGAAUUUGCUGAAGAAUCUAUAUUAUGUCUUUCAAACUACAUGUAUUCGCCGCCGAAGCAUUAUAGUAUAACAAACUUUGUCAGUAAGUUUAACAUAAGACUUGUCGAACCUUCUUCAAUGAAAGAUGUUGUGCUACCUAAAGAUGGAAAGGAUGGACUCAUUAUUGAGAUGAUUUUAAUUGCAUAUUAA